AUGUCAAAAAAAUCUACGUCUUACCCAAUCACUACAGCUGGCCCUUCUUCAAGAACAAGAAGUGCUACUAAAGCUGGCCAAUCCACAACAGGUUCUACUCUUAGUGGUAGACCGGUUACUACACCUGCUCUUAAUAUUAAAUCAAAAUUAACUGACGAUUUAAAGAAGCUUGACAUGAGCUCUCCUUUCAAAAUCUGGGCGAAGUACAGCGAGGGACAACCUGCAGAGAUUAUAUUUGACAGAGGAAACGUGCAUGCUCUGAAGAAGGCGAUUAAGAAGGAACUGACACCUGAUCUAGAUAAAACUGCUGUUCAUCAUAUUAUCCUCCGAAAACACGGCGAUGAGACUGACCUAGAACCAGAUGCUAUGGUGGAUUCGAGUUUCCAAAAUACAGCCAAAAACCCUCUUCAAGUUAUAGUGCUAGAAGAGGAACACGAAGAGCAAGCGACGUUAAAACGUAAAUAUGAAGAAGAUUUACGCGAAAUCAUAGAGAAAUCCGUGGAGAAUGCAUUCUCCCAUCACAAGCAUGAUAUAGUUUCGGUAUCAAAGCUUUCUGGAGCAAAGAUAGCAAAAAUUAUGGACGAUCUUGGAUUACUGACUAUAGAAUUGUCAGAUGAAGACUUCCGAUCGUUCGAGCUUCUGCAAUGCCGACCCUUCCGAUGGGAUUUGGAGAGGGACAAAGAUCAACAGAUGCCUGAUGUUGAGAGAUGGUUCAAGAGUGUUCUAAACCUACCAAGGAAUACGCAUGUGAAAGAUGUUCAUACCAAGGUGAAACACCAACGGCAGUUGCGAGGAGCGAACAUUACUUUAACGGGUGGUGGCGAUAUAUCGGUUGGACCAAGUCUGACCCCUUGCGUCUGGAUUGAAACCAAGAAAUCAGUCGAGGAUUUCAACGAAGGCCAAGCUUUUGGAGAGUUAUUACUAAUAGAUCACCGCCACGCCUUGAAUUCAAUGGUCGUCUUGACUGAUUGCAAUGACCAUUGGAUUAUUUUCUUCUUCUCCAAACGGGAACAACAACAAUACCUGGUAAAAUGUACAAUUGGGGAUCCUGGCAUGGCUUUAGCGAUAAUUCGGCGGUUUGUGCUUGAAGAAUCAAAGAAAAUCACAGAAUGGCCGGCUGACAUCGACCCCACAGCAAACUUACCCGCUUUACCUGUGCAUCUUGAGAAGAGAACGAAAUUUUUGGAACGCAUAACUGAGGCAGUAGACGACAGGUUAGCAGAAAUGAUUGGCGACAUGUCAGAAACAGAAUUAUUCAAUAUGCAAAUGCGUAAAAAGCUAACGUUGUUAAAAGAUUGGUGUGAUUUAGAUCAACAGCCAGAUGUAGACCGACUUAUUAGACAGUUUAGCGAUGAUUAUGAAAAUCCACUGCCACAGAUCUACAUACCAAAACUAUGA